CGAGCCCGAGCCGCCGCCCGUCCCAGGCCCGGGCGUCGAGGAGCCGGCGGCGCGGCCAUGUGGGGCUAGCCCGCGCCGCGCCGGGCCUGCAGCGCGACCGGCAACAUGGAGGCGGCCGUCGGCGCCCCAGACGGCGGCGACCAGGGCGGCGCGGCGCCCCGGGAGGACGCGACGCCCAUGGACGCCUAUCUGCGGAAACUGGGCUUGUAUCGGAAACUGGUAGCCAAGGACGGGUCGUGCCUGUUCCGGGCCGUGGCGGAGCAGGUGCUGCACUCUCAGUCUCGCCAUGUUGAAGUCAGAAUGGCCUGUAUUCAUUAUCUUCGAGAGAACCGAGAGAAAUUUGAAGCGUUUAUAGAAGGGUCAUUUGAAGAAUAUUUAAAACGUUUGGAAAACCCACAGGAAUGGGUUGGACAAGUGGAAAUAAGUGCCCUUUCUCUUAUGUACAGGAAAGAUUUUAUAAUUUACCGGGAACCAAAUGUUUCUCCUUCACAAGUAACUGAAAAUAAUUUUCCUGAAAAGGUAUUACUGUGUUUUUCAAAUGGAAAUCAUUAUGAUAUUGUCUAUCCCAUAAAGUAUAAAGAGAGCUCUGCUGUGUGUCAGUCUCUGCUUUAUGAAUUGUUGUAUGAGAAGGUAUUUAAAACUGAUGUUAGUAAAAUCUUGAUGGGACUAGACACCUCUGAAGUAGCUGAGGAAAACAACAGUGAAAUAUCAGAUUCAGAGGAUGACAGUUGCAAGAGUAAAACUACCACUGUUAAUGAUGUGAAUGGAUUUAAAUCUUUGUCAAGUGAUCAGCACCCGAAAAGCAAUGGGAACUCUCCUAGCCUUCCUUUGUCUAGAAAGGUUCUUAAGUCACUCAGUCCAGCAGUCUAUAGAAAUGUGGAAUAUGAAAUUUGGCUGAAGUCUAAACAAGCUCAACAAAAACAUGAUUAUUCCAUUGCUGCUGGCUUACAGUAUGAAGUUGGAGACAAAUGCCAAGUUAGGUUGGAUCACAAUGGAAAAUUUUCUAAUGCAGACUUUCAAGGGGUUCACUCUGAGAACGGGCCAGUUUUGGUCGAAGAACUUGGAAAGAAACUCUCCCCGAAGAACCUCAGACCGCCUUCCUCAGAAAGCUGGAACACGGUGGCAGGGAAGAAGAUGAAAAAACCUCCUUCCGGACAGAAUUUCCAUUGUGACGCGGACUACAGAGGGCCCAAGGCCCCGGCGAAGCCAGGCAAAGCCCCGCCCGCGCUGCCACCUCGCCUGCAGCACCCUCCGGGGCUGAGGCAGCGCGCGCCCCCCGGCCACUCUGCAGCGCCGCAGUCUCAGAAGCCCUCCGGUGAGCACAGAAGUCUGAGCAGGACACCCACGCAGGCCACGAGGAAACCUGAUCGUGAGAGAGCUGAGGAUUUCGAUGCCACGACUCGAGAAUCUAACUAUUUCGGCCUCUCUCCAGAAGAGCGCAGAGAGAAGCAAGCUAUAGAAGAAUCUCGUUUACUCUAUGAGAUUCAGAACAGGGAUGAACAGGCUUUCCCAGCCCUUUCCAGCUCAUCAGUCAGCCAGUCAGCUUCUCAGGGUAGCAACCCCGGCGUCCAGAGAAAAUCAUCACAUGGAAGCGAUAGAAAAGGAAGCAGGCGGAGAAUGGACACCGAAGAAAGAAAAGAUAAAGACUCUGUCCAUGGACAUAUUCCCUUGGAUAAAAAGCCCGAGCCAGGCACACUGGAGAAUAUUAGCAAUGAUAAAUGUUCAAGAAUUACAUCACCGUCAAAGAAAUUAGAGUGCCCACCUCCUACAGAACAAAAGCCAGCAGAACAUGUGUGUCUGUCCAAUCCAGCUCCCCUUCUAGUGUCUCCAGAGGUACAUCUAACUCCUGCCGUGCCUUCUUUACCAGCCACUGUGCCAGCCUGGCCAAGUGAACCUACAACUUUUGGACCAACAGGUGUCCCUGCUCAAAUUCCUGUCUUGUCAGUGACACAGACUCUGACCACUGGACCUGAUUCUGUUGUGUCCCAAGCUCAUUUAACACCCUCUCCAGUUCCUGUGUCAAUACAGGCCGUUAACCAGCCCUUGAUGCCUUUGCCUCAGACACUGAGCCUUUACCAAGACCCACUCUAUCCUGGGUUUCCUUGUAACGAAAAGGGAGAUCGAGCCAUUGCACCACCUUAUUCACUGUGUCACACUGGGGAGGACCUGCCUAAAGAUAAGAACAUUCUUCGAUUCUUCUUCAAUCUUGGUGUAAAGGCGUAUAGUUGCCCUAUGUGGGCCCCACAUUCUUACCUGUACCCUCUGCACCAGGCCUACCUGGCGGCCUGCAGGAUGUACCCAAAGGUCCCUGUCCCUAUGUGUCCUCAAAACCCUUGGUUCCAAGAAGGCCCUUCUGCCCCGAAUGAAAGUGACUGUACCUGUCCGGACGCUCACUUCCCCGUGCAGCCUGAGGCCAGCGUUAACGGUCAGAUGCCACAGGCAGAGACUGGACCGCCGACGUUCUCUUCAGCCCUGGUUAUCCCUCCGUCUCAGGUGUCUGAAAGUCACGGACAGUUGUCUUAUCAGGCCGACCUGGAAUCUGAAAACUCUGGGCAGCUUCUUCACGCUGAAUAUGAAGAGUCGCUGAGCGGCAAGAACAUGUUCCCGCAGCCAUCUUUUGGGCCGAACCCAUUCUUAGGCCCGGUUCCCAUCGCACCUCCUUUCUUUCCUCACGUUUGGUAUGGGUACCCUUUUCAGGGAUUCAUAGAAAAUCCAGUAAUGAGGCAGAAUAUUGUUCUGCCCUCUGAUGAGAAAGGAGAAUUGGAUCUGCCCCUGGAAAAUCUGGAUCUUUCUAAAGAAUGUGCUUCGGUUUCAGCAGCAGACGAGUUUCCCGAGGCUGGAGGUGAAGACACCCAUCCUCUCCCUGAAGCCAGUGUGAGCGAGCACGAAGGCCAGGCGGAGCAGUCAUCCCAGACACCUAAGGCAGAUCUGGCACUGGCUCCCAUCCCUCCUGUAGCAGAGGGAAAGGCUCAUCUUCCCGCUCAGAUUCUAAACAGAGAGAGAGAAACUGUGCCUGUUGAACUUGAGCCUAAAAGGACCAUUCCGAGUCUGAAAGAAAAACCAGAAAAAGUGAAAGAUCCUAAGGCUGCUGCCGACGCGGUCAGUGGGGCCAGCUCUGUGGACAGCAGGGUGCCGAGACCAAAAGAAGAGAGCUCAGAGGAUGAAAGCGAGGUGUCUGACAUCCUGAGAAGUGGUCGAUCCAAGCAGUUCUAUAAUCAGACUUACGGAGGCAGGAAGUACAAAAGUGAUUGGGGCUAUUCCGGUAGGGGGGGCUACCCUCAUGUGAGAGGGGAGGAGUCCUGGAAAGGGCAGCCAAGCAGGAGCCGAGAUGAAGGUUAUCAGUACCAUCGGAAUGCCAGAGGACGGCCCUACAGGGGGGAUAGGAGGAGGUCAGGGGUGGGAGAUGGCCAUCGGGGACAGCACACUUGAUGGUGUUGCGGCAUUUUAGAGCAGAAGCCCUUUCUUAGGUGGAAUGUUUCUGAAGUCUUUAAAAAAAUACAUUAAAAUAAAAACCCAAAUUGGAACUCUCUCCUCCCCUCCCCCUUUACCCUCACUCUCAUUCUGGACAAGAGAUUUUGGAUAUGCGUUUAAGGGGGCAGGUGAAUUCCUGGUGUUGCCAUUUUUCUUCAUUCAAAAUCUGUCUAUUUAUCGGGUGACUGCCCCCAUAAAAAGUUAAGAAAUAAGUUUGUUAAAGUAUUUUUUAUAAACAGCUUAAUAUAAAACAUUAUAGAUUUAGUGUUUGAUUU